CGUACCAUUUCCCAAACGACAUAAUGGCAGGCGAAUCUAUGUCCAGACGGCAAUUGGCACUAAAACACCUGAGGGAAUGCAUUAGCAAGGGCGAAGCCAUUGUAGGAGGUGGUGCUGGUGUGGGCCUAAGCGCCAAGAUCCAGGAGGCUGGUGGGGUAGACCUCAUCAUUCUGUACAACUCUGGCCGUUAUCGUAUGGCUGGAAGAGGUUCCUUGGCGGGUCUAAUGCCCUACGGCGACGCAAACGCUAUCAUGUUAGAGAUGGCCAGGGAAACUCUGACUGUCGUCAAAAAGACGCCUGUCCUGGCUGGUAUCUGUGGAACAGAUCCUUUCCGCGAUAUAACCCGACUACUGAAGGAAGUAAAAGACCUCGGGUUUACAGGAGUGCAGAAUUUCCCCACGGUUGGGCUUAUCGAUGGUGUAUUUCGGCAGAACCUGGAGGAAACGGGUAUGGAUUACGGAAAAGAGGUCGAGAUGAUACGGAUAGCACACGAGCUGGAUCUUCUGACGACACCUUACGCGUUCAAUGUUGACGAGGCAGAGCGCAUGACUCGUGCGGGGGCUGAUAUCAUCGUUGCCCACAUGGGCCUCACCACGAGCGGGACGAUCGGUGCGCAGACGGCGGUCACUUUGGAUGAUUGCGUGAAGCGCGUACAAGACAUUCGGGAUGCGGCUGCGAGAAUCAACCCGGAUGUUAUCGUGCUUUGCCAUGGAGGUCCUAUUGCGACACCUGAAGAUGCACGAUAUGUUAUUGGGAGGGUGAAGGGGAUACAUGGGUUCUAUGGAGCGAGUUCGUUGGAGAGGUUACCGGUUGAGCAGGCGAUGAAGGAAGUUGCCCAGGAGUUCAAGGCCAUUCGUCUAUAACUGUAAGAGAAACUGCCAUCAAUGCAUGAACUAUGCGACGAAUAGGCAGUGUAAUCAUACCCUUUUCAAGUGCUGUAGUUGAAUAACAUGAGGAAGACCCAGAAAUAAUAAAUUACUGUAGAUGCCCU